GGAGGGCAGAGGACUCGGGGAUCAUGGACGGCUUGGACGGUCUGGACGGUCCGCUUCUAUGACCGGCGGACAUGGCCCGAUGACGUCACAAUAUAUCAAACCCGAGUUGGAGUUGGAAUUGGAGGGCAGAGGACUCAGCGAUCAUGGACGGCCUGGACGGCCUGGACGGUCCGCUUCUGUGACCGACGCACAUGACCCGAUGACGGCCCAAUAUAUCAAACCCGAGUUGGAGUUGGAAUUGGAGGACAAUAGGAAAUCUCCGGUGGCGUACCUCAUCAUCAGUUCGGCUUCGGCGUCGGAGUCCGGCGAUAAUGACAACGCGGAUGUGGUGGUCGCACGUACUGCAGAACAAGAAACGGAUCAGAAGAAGGGAAUGGACAUGUUAUUGGCGGCUGCCGCGGAGGCUCGUGAGUGGACGCCUGUCAACAGUUUUAGGCCCGGAAACGGGAGAUCUACCCCCGCGAGUACACCCACCGCGAGUACACCUUCCACGAGUACAUCUACCGCCGCCACUGCUAGAACCCAUGGCUGGACGCCUGUCAACAGCUCCCCACUCGACUCUGGCAGCUCAUUCACUGCGGCCAGCACACCGCCCACAGGCACCGCGAUUUCCGUGUUGAUCCCGCAAGUCGCAGGACAAUCCCCAGCCGCCAAUGCUACGGCCCCUCAACCCCAACCUCAACCAAUCACUCCGCUGCCGAAAUUCUUCAACAUCCCGACGAUUCUGCGCAGCGCCCCAUUCGGCGCGGUUCUCACCGCCCAGCGCAUCCUGAUCACGCACGGCCUCGUCCAGCUCUUCGAUCUCCCGCUGUGCGGUGCGCAGGCCACGACGCUGACCACCGACCUCAGGCGCAUCUUCCUCCUGCACGCCGAGACGCUCGACCGCGCCGCCGCCUUCUCGCGGCAGAUAUCGAUCCCGGGGUCGCAGAGCGAGCGGUUUCGGCAGGAUGCGGUGAUGCACGACUGGAAUAGCUUUAAGGAGCUCAGGAGGGGAUUUGAGAUCGUAGUGGAGCUGAGGAGCGAGGCGGAGUGGGUCAGGCAGUCUUGGGGCGGGUUUGGGCGCGAGGAUGUGGUGGAGGGGGAGGUUGCGGUUGAGGAUGAGGACGGGGAGGGGGACGAGGAGGUCGGGCUGCCAGAGUGGGCCGCGGAGUUGCUGGGCAGGGAGGAAGUCCCAUGGGCUCCUGAUGCGGUGGAGACGCUGGUCGUCGCCGCGGAGGGGUGGGCCGCUAGGUGGUUGUUCCUCAACCAGGAAGCCGCCAACCGGGAAACGAAGCGCCAGCGCGCCAAGGACGAGAACGAGGAAGAGGAAAAAGAUGUUUGGUCUCCGAAUCGCCUUCGGAGGUCGCCCAAGAAAGCGAAGAGCGAGAAGUUGGAGGAGGAUGUGACGGAGGGAUGGAUGCCUGUGGUGUGGUGAUGCGGAUAUCUUGAGGGUCUGUUGGUUUUAGGGUGCAUCAUUAAGGCCGGGUUUCUGCUUCGAUUAUAUAUUCUACACAUGAAUUACUAUCUAGGUACCUGAGUACCUAUUGCUUUUAAUGAUCCAGCGAGUGUGAACGUCAUGGAAGGGGACACAAGUGAACAACCAGCUCCAGUUCCAUUGGCCUUAUUGAUAUAGCCACGGGUGCAGAAGGAUGGAACUGUGAACAUCUGGGGAGCCCAGACUGUUGUUCGGUUACAUGUAAGUAGCGCGCCGCGGCUAGCAGAAGCAUUAGAGCGUGUAGAUAGAGAAGAGUUGCUCGGAGACAGUCUCGGAUGUAUGUGU